AUAGUAUGUGGAUCGUUUUGAUACACAGCAGAGAAGUAUUGGUUUAGUGAUUUAUCAUUUGCGAACUUAGUAGGUUGUGUGAGUUAAAGAAACAAAAGUAUGCCGUGUUUAACGUGCACAAUUUGUGCAGAAGUCUAUAAAACUUCGGACGUCGUAUACACCACGACUUGUGGGCAUGUAUUCCAUUUUGCAUGUAUGCAACAGUGGCGAAGCCGAUCUACAAGUUGUCCGCAAUGUAGAGAACAUAACCCAGAGACGCAUAGAAUAUAUUUAGACUUCGAUGAAACUGCAAAUGAUCAGAAAUUAAGUGAGAUCAAAUUCCAAUUAGAUCAAACAGAAAAGUCGAGAAGUGAAUUGCAGUUACAAUUAGAUGAAGUUGAAAGAGAUUUCCUACAAAUUCAGAGAACUCUUGUUGAAACCGAACAACAAAAAAUGUGUCUUGAGUCCACAAAUCAAUUUUUGAAUGCUCAAAAUGACAGCAGAGAGCAAGAAAUUAGGAAUUCUAAUUUAAGAGCUUUGGAAGAAUCGGAACUACUUCUCGUCAAAACAACUAGCUUAGAGCAUAGACUAAAAGGAGUUCUGGUCGAAUUAGAAUUAAAAACAGAAGAAUGCUUUAAAUUGAGCGAAGCAAACAGUAAACUGAGAAAAACACUGGAACGUAAUGAACAAAUAUAUGAAAACGCCCGUAAGCAAUAUGAAGCAGUUGAAAGAGGCCUUAAGACACAAAUAACUGCACAAAUCGAAUUAAUCGAAAGAAAAAAUAAUAUAAUUGGUGAACUUACCGAUAAUGAGCGUCAAGAAAUUGAAUCACGAAAAAAACAGGCCACAACAAAUAACGAAUAUAAAUCAUCUGAGAUUUUGAUGCAAAAACUAAAAUUAGAAAGAGAACUAGAAAAAAGUUUCGAUAAAACUAUGGAAUUAGAGGAAAACCAUUUGAGAAGUAAAGAAAUUUUAAAUAUCGAAAUUGAGAGUUUGAAAGCGGAUAUUGAACGCAAAGAUAACGAAAUAAAAAAUAGAAAGGCAGAACAUAUGAAACUGAUCAAUAAGCUUAGUUCAAUGGGCUCCAAUGCAACGGACAUAUUACUUCGUCGCCGAAAUGAAGUUUUAUCUACUAAAUUAGAAGAGACGCGUUGUGAACUGGAAAAGGCAAUACAAAGUUCUGCAGAAAAAGACAUUGUUGUCCAAAAACUGAAACAAAAUGAAAGUUUACUACUUACGAAAUUAGACAAAUUAGCGGAACAAGGACAAACUAAAGAGCCAGUGGAACAUGAAGCCAAGUCUUAUGAAAAAACAUCAGGUGCCUCAAACGAAUGCCAAGCAAAAGCUAAUGAGGGCACGAGUGUUACAAUCAGGGGAGUUUCUGAAAGCGAUAUUAAAACACCACUGAUUGAUACAGUUUUGAUGUUUACUGAAAUGAUGGCUAUUCCUUGUCAAAAUUCAGAUAUUAAAGAUAUAUUCACUUUGAACAACAAAUAUAAAAUGAGAAAUAACACACAAAGCGAAAAUAUUAAUUUAGUAGUAAAAUUUUCAACUCUUAAUAUGAAAAUAAAGUUUUUAGCCAACAAAGACAAGUUGAAGCCAAAAGGCAUCCAUGUUUUAGAGUAUGUGGACGAUGAAAUAAAGGAGCUUUUCCACUACGCGAAGCUUUUAAGAUCCGUUGGUUUCCAGAAUAUUUAUUGUAAAAAUAACAAAGUAUUUGCAAAAUACAAUUCGAAGUCACCAGCACGAAAAUUAAACAGUAAACAAGAAGUUAACGAUAUUAUAAAAAAAUCCAGUUGCCAUAAAACUGAAAAAAGUGGAAAUAUUUCGGAAGAAUCUCAAGAAAAGUGUGAAAACAAAUCCGAGGAAGGAAAUAAGCGAAUGGAAGGAAUCCAAGCAGAAGAAUGUGAUGACGCAUACUAUCGUAAAUAAGAAAAUAUAAACACAUACAUAUAUACAUAUGUGAAUAUACUGCCCAGAGUAUGAACACUGAAUAAAUUGGUAACAAUACGCUUGAAAAGACAUGUUGUGCCCGUCGUUUUCUCCCUUAUUAAUUAACCAUACAUUAAUUAUUAACCGUAAAAGGUUUAAAUUUUAACUAUAUUACUUAUUACACACAUACUUAAUUUUGUAAUCAAAUGAAUACCUUAUAGUUUUGUGCAUGAAAAGUGUAUUUUUGGAAAAUUUUACUUGAAUAUAUUGUAAUAAAGCCAUAA